AUAACGUAAACAACACCAAUUUCACAGUACGUUAGCUGGUGUGUUUUAUCUACACAAUGGAACUAGCUAGCUAGUAUUCGUAAUUUACACCGUUUAACAAAUUAAACAAUGCUACCUAGCUUGUAUCAAAACAUAAACCCAACCGUUUUUAUGUUCAGUCAAUAAAGCUAUAAAACUCCUCGUUUAUCAACGACGACUGUUUUUAGCUGCAAGUAUGUCAUUUCUUGUGGACUCAAUUAUCAUGUUCACCUCUCAGGUGCUGUUCUUCGGAUUUGGGUGGCUUUUCUUCAUGAGGCAACUGUUCAAAGAUUACGAGGUUCGUCAAUAUGUUGUGCAAGUGGUCUUCUCCGUCACCUUUGCGUUUUCCUGCACAAUGUUUGAGCUCAUUAUCUUUGAGAUACUGGGUGCCCUAAGCAGCACCUCUAGGUACUUUCACUGGAAACUCAACCUGUAUGUUAUCUUACUGGUUCUCAUUUUUGUGGUGCCUUUCUACAUUGGUUACUUUGUGGUUAGCAACAUACGACUGCUGCAGAGACAGAAGCUGCUCUUUGCCUGUGUCGUAUGGUUCACUUUCAUGUAUUUCUUCUGGAAGUUGGGUGACCCCUUUCCCAUCCUCAGUCCCAAACACGGGAUCCUGUCCAUUGAACAGCUGAUCAGUCGAGUGGGGGUGAUUGGAGUCACACUCAUGGCCUUGUUGUCUGGCUUUGGUGCAGUCAACUGUCCUUAUACCUACAUGUCUUACUUCCUGAGGAAUGUGACAGACAGUGAUAUCCUGGCCCUGGAACGGAGACUGCUCCAGACUAUGGACAUGAUCGUCAGCAAGAAGAAGAGAAUCGCCAUGACGCGGAGGCAGAUGUACCAGCGCGGGGAGGACCAGAACAAGCAGACGGGAUUCUGGGGGAUGAUCAAAAGUGUCACUUCCUCUCCUCCGGGCAGUGAGAAUCUGUCUCUAAUCCAACAGGAAGUGGAUGCUCUGGAGGAGCUUAGCCGACAGCUCUUCCUGGAGACGGUGGACCUGCAAGCCACUAAGGAAAGGAUAGAGUACUCCAAAACAUUUCAGGGAAAAUACUUCAACUUCUUGGGAUACUUCUUCUCCAUCUAUUGUGUCUGGAAAAUAUUUAUGGCCACCAUCAACAUUGUCUUCGACCGCGUAGGCAAGACAGACCCUGUAACGCGCGGGAUUGAGAUAACGGUCAACUACCUGGGCAUCCAGUUUGAUGUGAAAUUUUGGUCUCAGCACAUAUCCUUCAUUCUGGUUGGCAUCAUCAUCGUCACGUCCAUCAGAGGUCUACUGAUUACGCUUACCAAGUUCUUCUAUGCCAUUUCCAGCAGCAAGUCCUCCAAUGUCAUAGUGCUGGUGCUGGCUCAGAUUAUGGGUAUGUACUUUGUCUCGUCUGUGCUGCUCAUGCGUAUGAGCAUGCCCCUUGAGUACCGCACCAUUGUGACCGAGGUCCUGGGGGAGCUGCAGUUUAACUUCUACCACCGCUGGUUUGACGUCAUCUUCCUGGUCAGCGCCCUGUCCAGCAUCCUCUUUCUCUACCUGGCACACAAGCAGGCUCCCGAGAAGCACAUGAACUUGUGACCUCAUCACCGGACCCAUGUUGUUUUCUUCAUUUUUUUUUUUUUUUUGGGGAGCAGUUUAUUUGUGCAGUUCGGUGAAGACUGUGCCACACCUCACGGCUCCUGAAUCAGGAGUGUGUGUGUGUAUGUGUAUGUGUGUGUGCGCGCGAGAAUGAGGUUUACUUGUCUUGCCAUAUGACAAGUUGAAUAUGGAAGUCACUUUUUAAAUUGCUGAAGAAUUGAAUGUUCAACAGUGGGAUUGGAAGGCGAAUUGAGUGCACUCUCAGACCUAAUUGUCCAGCUUCUCCAGGGACACCGUGGAACUUUUCCGGCGUGUUCCCACAGCACGCUCGGCAGUAGUUUGGGAUUUGGUACAGUGCCUGAGUUGACUGACCGUCAACGGCCGUCUGUUCAUCUGUGCCCUCAUGUGCAUCUUUCUGUCCCCCCCCGGCCAUCAUGGCGGUGGGCUACUGGACCGUGUGGGGCCUUCUGCACAGCUGGAAUUGUCACAUUAUUAUGGGGCCCACAUCUGGGAAGGCUACAGACAUUCCACUGGUGGCCUUGCUGUCCAGAGCUAUCGGGGAUUGGGCUUCUCGACUCCAGGUCCUGAGGGCUGCAGUGUGUGCAGGGAUUUAUGCUGCCCAUGCACUACACCACCUGAUUUCACCAAUUACUUUGAGGAAGUGAAGUAAUUGGUGAAAUCAGGUGGUGUAGUACAUGGCUGGAGCAAGUACCUGCAGAGAAUGCAGUCCUCAGGACCUGGAGUCGAGUAGCCCAGCGAUAGAUUGUGUUUUUGUUUUAACCGCAGAUGUACAGGAUGCCUGACAGGUCUGGUUUUUCCUUGUUGUUUGUGCAUGUUAAUACAGUGUUCCAAGUUUGAAAGCCCUCGACCAACCAAGCAUUGACUGGGUCAUUGUUUAUUGGGAUGUCCUUGUUUAUUGGGAUAGUGCAAUUAAAAUGAUUUAGCCAUCUAUUUUAUCUGAAGACAAGAGGACGCAAAAGAACAAUAUGCACCAUAUCCUAUCAAAUUUCACUUUGCUUAUUCUAAAUUUUCAGCAACAUGGAAGCGAAGAGUUAAAGAUAUAUUUGCUUUCGAGGCCGGGCAUAUGGGACAGCCUGGAUUAUUCAGCAGUUGCCAUAGAAAAGCUUGUCUGUUCAUUAUUCAACAGAUUGUAGUGCUUUAGGCAGUUGGAGGGGAAAAGCAGAAUGAGCAGUCUUGUUUCAUUAAAAUCUUUUCUAUUCUAAGCCUCAUAACACUUCAGCUGAUUAUCAGCGCCUGACACCUUUUCACUCAGUGUUGAAAUAAAGACAUUAAUUUCAUGCCGAGAUCCGUUAACAAUGGGACGUAGUUUAAUUAUCGUGGGUUAUUGCUUGGGAAGGACAGGCAUGAUAUCAGCUGAAGAACAGCUGCUGAUCAAACCCAGCGAUAGGCAUUUGCAUGCCUUGGGGCUCUGCACAAAUAUGAUAUGGCUCACGCUUGAACAUUGAUAUUCUUGUACAGAUUCUAGAGGGCACAUGAAUAAAUGAAAAUUGUUUUGAUGAAAA